UUUCAACCAUUCUCAGAUAACUUCCGGGUGGAAAAGUGCGUCUGCUAUGGGAAUGUUGGUAUAUGUUCUGUAAAUAUCGUCACUACUCUUUCGACAUGAAAUUGGGUCACCGUGUCACCUUCAGUGCUUGUAUAUGUAAGUCACGUUUAUUGUGCGUGUACCGAUAAUACUGCAGAGACAUUUUCUCGUUGAAUUUGACGUCGGAAAGACAGAUCAGAAUCUACCGAGCUAGACUUGGGUCACAUGAUACUAGAGCCUGUGGUGUUAGUUCAGCAACGACGGAUAUAAAGUUGACUGGUGCGAUUCGUGUGACAGUGGGAAUUUCAACGGGAAUUCGGAAGGUAAAAUUCAUCAUGGAUGAUGAUUAUACACAACCACCCACCUCCCUUUUUGACAACUACCGCACUGAAGUAUUCAGCUAUCAUGGAAUGGAAAACUAUAGCCUCGCAUGGAACCACUUUGAAAAAUGUCGCCAACUUGGACAGUUUACUGAUAUCAUCAUUCAAGUUGAGGGAAAGGAGUUCCCAUGCCACAAGAUCCUUCUAGAUUCUUGCUGUCCAUAUUUUAGUGCGUAUUUCUCGUUCUCAGACACGGAAAAUCAGAACACUAUUUGUCUGAAAGGAGUUUCUUUAAGUAGUUUCACAAAACUGAUCGACUUCAUUUACACAGCUACAUUGACAGUAUCUGCAGAUGAAGUAAUAGAUCUUUUAGAAUGUGCAGACUUUCUCCAGUUGAGGGACCUUGUUCAUGCAUGUAGUGGCUUUCUACUUCAACACAUCAACCAUGACACCUGUCUAAAAAUCUUUCAGUUAGCAGAGGCUCAUCUUUUGCCAGACCUUAAAGAAGCAGCAUGGGAAUAUAUUCAAAACCAUUUCAAAGAUGUUGCAGAAAGUGAGUCUUUCCUCCACACGCCAAAAGAUCUCCUUAACAGAAUACUCACAAGCAGAACUCUCAAAAUGGAUUCUGAAAUGAUAGUAUUGAAAUCUGUAAUAAACUGGGUCAUGUUCAGUCGGAAUGACAGAGAGAGAGAUUUUAGUGAUUUGAUUUGUCCUCUUGGAUUCAGUCCAACAGAUGUUGAUAAUGCUGAUGUAUUGUCUUUGUAUGGCAAAGAUGUGUUUGACCAGGUGAUGAACUGUGUUGGUGGAUCCAGAAUUUCAAGAUAUGAGCAGGUGAUGGUCGUUGUGAGUCGCGACACGACUUCCAGUAAGUUUAGCACCAGUGAUAUCUUCUUCUACAACCCUGAAACCAGCAGAUGGCACACAUUGACCUCAUUUCCAUUUGAAAAACGUCAUCAUUUUGGAGUGGCUUUGCUGAACAACAAACUCUACCUUACCGGAGGGGUAACCACUGAGGUGCCUCUGUAUGAUAAACAGAAGCAGAUAUUCUCUGAGGCAUGGGAGUAUGAUGUCUUGGGAGACACAUGGCGACAGGUUCAGUCAAUGAAUGGUGUCAGGUACAACCACAGCAGUGCUACACUUCAAGACUUAGUCUAUAUUGUAGGUGGCAGAGGCAACAGGAAGAUCACAGUCAGACCUGAUGGCGAAGUAUACAACGCUGCCACAGACCAGUGGACUUCUCUCCCUGCUAUAAAAGAAGUUCAAGGAAUUGGAAAUGCCGCUCUAACGCCUCUCGAUGGCAAGCUGUACCUUCUGGGUGGUAUGCAUAGCUCUGUUGUUGCAGGGAGAAGGGAUGUGUCAUUUGACUCCUACAAAGGAGCUCAGUACUAUAACCCUUUAGACAAUGAAUGGCAUGACCUUGUGAUAUUGUCUUCCCAGAUUGAUGCUGAGGAUUUGCGUCUCAGCAGAACAGACUGUGUUGCAGUCAAUGGAUUCUUGCUCCUCAUCAAUGACCAGCCGGGCAAAAGAUUAAAACUUUACAAUCCUGUAACUAACAGACUGACUGAUUUCAUCUUGUCCCAUGGCUAUCACAAAUUUGGUGGAUGUCACCUAUUCCAAGAUCAGCUGGUGAUAUCAGGUGGACUUGAGGACAAAUUCAGGGCCCAUGACAUGGUGCAUUGCUUGGAUCUGAAUGGACCUCCAUCAGACUGGAAAAUGUUAAGUCCUCUACCAGUAUCAUUGUCUCACCACACUUGUCUUAAUGUGUAUGUGGAUCUGAAGGCACUGAAUGAUAGAGACAAUUCAUGAGAG